CUAAAUAAAUAUUGUCUUAAUGUGAAAAUAUUUUAUGCCAUCUCUGAUUUUUUUAAAGGGGAGUGUUUUUUCCAACUCACGAGUGUGAUACCUCAAAAGAUUCUGCAACUGCCCCUAUAUUUCUGCAGAAUCUCACACUGUCAACCAAAUUCUUCAACUAUCCCUAUAUUUCCGCAGAAUCUCACACUGUGAACCAAAUUAUAUAUAUAUAUAUAUAUUCCUCUAUAAGAAGAACCAGAAUCAGAAGAAGGGGGAAGAUGGCCUCCACGUGUCCCCCGUUUGAUUUCUCGGCGAGUUAUUACGGCGGCGCCGGAGAAUGCGAGAGGCGGCGGAGCUUCUUCGAAGGGACGGCGGUGCUUGACCAAGGUGUCGGCUACGCCGUUAUCCUCGGCUUCGGCGCUUUCUUCGCCCUCUUCACCUCUUUUCUCGUUUGGUUGGAGAAGCGGUACGUGGGAUCUCGACACACCUCAGAAUGGUUCAACACGGCCGGGAGAAACGUUAAGACCGGUCUCAUUGCAAGUGUUAUAGUUUCUCAGUGGACGUGGGCUGCAACCAUACUACAAAGUUCUAACGUGGCUUGGCAGUACGGAAUCAGUGGACCGUUUUGGUACGCUAGUGGAGCUUCCAUUCAGGUACUCUUGUUUGGCGUGAUGGCUAUUGAGAUCAAAAGGAAAGCUCCUCAUGCUCACACCGUCUGCGAAAUCGUCAAGGCUCGUUGGGGAACGGCGACACACGUUGUGUUCAUGGUGUUUUGUCUGGUGACGAACAUCAUAGUGACGGCGAUGCUAUUGCUCGGCGGCUCCGCCGUCGUGAAUGCUCUCACCGGCGUUAAUAUUUUCGCCGCCAGUUUCCUCAUCCCUCUCGGCGUCGUCGUCUAUACUCUCGCCGGCGGUCUUAAAGCUACUUUCCUCGCCAGCUACGUUCACUCCGUCAUAGUUCAUGUGGUUCUGGUCGUCUUCACGACGAGCAGCCAGCUCGGCAGCCCGUCUGUUGUGUAUGACCGGUUGGCCGAGAUGGCUAGCCGGUCUAGGACAUGUUCCGAGCCGCUGUCUCACGAGGGUCAAGCUUGUGGUCCGGUUCAUGGCAACUACAAAGGCUCAUAUCUCACCAUGUUGAGUUCCGGAGGAGCUGUCUUCGGUCUCAUCAACAUCGUUGGCAAUUUUGGCACCGUUUUUGUUGACAACGGUUAUUGGGUGAGUGCCAUUGCUGCUCGGCCUUCAUCGACCCACAAGGGCUAUUUGCUCGGAGGACUAGUCUGGUUCGCUGUGCCUUUCUCUCUGGCCACGUCAUUCGGGCUCGGAGCCAUUGCCCUUGACCUACCGUUGACCACGAGUGAAGCGGAUCAUGGGUUGGUUCCUCCGGCCACCGCCAUUGCUCUCAUGGGCAAACCUGGAUCUAUACUUCUUCUCACUAUGCUCUUCAUGGCUGUUACAUCGGCUGGUUCUUCCGAGCUGAUAGCCGUCUCUUCUCUCUGCACAUACGACAUCUACCGAACGUACAUAAACCCGAAAGCGACAGGGAAACAAAUACUCAGAGUCUCGAGAACGGUGGUUCUUGGAUUCGGAUGCUUCAUGGGAAUUCUUGCAGUGAUCUUGAACAAGGUCGGAGUCUCGCUCGGGUGGAUGUAUCUUGCAAUGGGAGUCCUCAUAGGCUCCGCAGUACUUCCCAUCGCCUUCAUGCUCUUGUGGUCUAAAGCCAAUGCCACUGGUGCCAUCCUCGGGUCAAUCUCGGGCUGCAUCCUCGGAAUCAUCACUUGGUUAUCCGUGGCCAAGAUAGAGUAUGGACGGGUCGAUCUGGACACCACCGGUAGAAAUGCUCCCAUGUUGUCAGGAAACCUUGUGGCCAUUCUUACAGGUGGGUUGGUCCAUGCGAUUUGCAGUCAUAUCAGGCCACAGAACUAUGACUGGGCGACGACAAGGCAGAUCACAGCGGUGGAGACAGAGACAGAGACAGAGACAGGAACAGGGGAGGUGCCAGUGGAAGAGUUCAAGGAAGAGAAGCUGAGAAAAGCCAAGAAAUGGAUUGUGAAAUGGGGUCUUGUCUUCACUGUCGCGAUCCUUGUGAUCUGGCCACUUCUCACCCUCCCUGCAAGGGUAUUUAGCAGGGGAUAUUUCUGGUUAUGGGCAAUGAUCGCUGUGGCAUGGGGAACGAUAGGGUCGGCAGUGAUCAUAGCUUUGCCAUUGGUGGAGAGCUGGGAAACAAUCAGACAAGUGUGUAUUGGAUUGUUCACAAACGACAUGUUGAUGAACAAACUCGAAGACAUGAACCUUAGGCUUAAGGCACUCACACUGUCCUUACCAGAGGCUCAGAGGCUUUACCUGCUCGAGACAAGCAGGUCCAAGAAAACAGAUGAACCCCAAGAACUAGCUUGAGCAUAAAAACAUCACAAGCUCUGUAUAAAUUUCAUGAGAUCUGUUCACUGUUCUACAACUGUUAUCCAUUCAAACACCCUGUUUCUGAACCUGAUGGGCGUGUUUUUCUGUUACAUUCUGAAUCUGAAAUGAGUCAUUGUCUUAAAAUUACUAGUCCAGACUUGAUCUUGACUUCUGGUAUCAAUAACUCUUCUUCUACGCAUGAAACA